UUUGUGUUUUAUUGGGAAUGUAUGCUAAAUGUGAUUUUAAGUGUACACUAGCAUGUACCCCUACAGAUAAAAGGCAGGAACUAAAAGCUCUAAAACUACAGAUUUUAUUCAGUAAUGUCUUUGAAGGGAUAAACUCAUGCUUUUUCAAGGAUGGGCACUGCUCAGUAGUUCACCCGCCCCCAUUCUGUGUGUGUGUGUCUGGGGGCAGGGGCUGCAGGUAAUAGCGCCGCCCCUCCCCCAGCCGUCUCUGACUGCAUUAUCACAGAGCGCAAUGAACGCGCCGCAAGCUCGCGAGGAUACCGGUAACUGAAGCUAACGGUCCCGUUGCCAAUGGUUUCACCCACAACUUUGUACGGACGCAGUUUUGAAUGAAACUGAUACACAGUGUUUUGAAGAUUCACGCUUUUUUACAACUGGACGAGACUCUUGCGGUCAAUCUGCACACUGUUGCUUCUGUUUAAGGGUGUAGCACAGAGCACUGCAGUAAAGAUCACCACAGCCCAGAAUACUGAGUAUAGCGGUGUGAAAUUCCACAACCAAAUCCCAGAGAGCAGUUAACAAGGCCGAGAGACUACAUUGCUUUUUCUGUCUGAUGCAAGAUGACAACAAGAAGCCAACGCCCUUGGAUAAACAUAUUCCCAGAACUAAUAUUUUUUUAAAACUAUUUUCUUAUCUCUUCUUACAUCUUUUGAAUACAAUGCUAAUUCAUUUCCCCUCAACUUUGGAAAGAUGAACUUGGGAUUGUUGAGCGGAGGGACGAUUUAGAGUUCAAGCGAUAUUGAUUUCUUCACCAUGUCAUGGAAAAGAAACUACUUUGCAUCUGGCAGCAGUGGCUUACAGGGUAUAUUCACCCCACGAACCAUGACAUCAAUCGCCCCCAGCAAAGGACUCAUCAAUGAGCCGGGACAGAACAGCUGCUUCCUGAACAGCGCUCUCCAGGUUCUCUGGCAUCUGGAUAUCUUCCGGCGAAGUUUCCGGCAGCUCACCACACACAAGUGUAUGGAGGACUCGUGCAUCUUCUGCGCUCUGAAGAGCAUCUUUGUGCAGUUCCAGUUUAGCAGUGAGAAGGUGCUGCCAUCUGAUGCUCUCCGCUGUGCUCUGGCCAAAACCUUCCAGGAUGAGCAGCGAUUCCAGCUCGGCAUUAUGGACGACGCAGCUGAGUGCUUCGAGAAUAUCCUCAUGAGGAUCCACUUUCACAUCUCUGAUGAGACCAAGGAGGACAUCUGCACAGCCAAACACUGCAUCCCUCACCAGAAGUUUGCCAUGACACUCUUUGAGCAGUGUGUGUGCAGCAAAUGUGGAGCCUCCUCAGACCCCCUGCCUUUCAUUCAGAUGGUCCACUACAUCUCCACCACCUCUCUGUGUAACCAGGCAGUGCGGAUGCUGGAAUGCCGGGAGAAGCCCACCCCAGACAUGUUCGGAGAGCUGCUGAGGAACGCCAGCACUGUGGGAGACCUGCGCAACUGCCCGGGCAACUGUGGAGAGAAGCUCCGUAUUCGACGUGUCCUGAUGAACUCCCCAGAGAUCAUAACCAUUGGCCUGGUGUGGGACUCGGACCACUCUGACCUAGCAGAAGACGUCAUUCAUAGCCUGGGCACCGUCCUGCGGCUCGGAGAUCUGUUCUACCGAGUGACAGAGGACAAGGCCAAACAGGCGGAGCUCUACCUUGUGGGCGUGGUCUGUUACUAUGGCAAACACUACUCUACUUUCUUCUUCCAAACCAAAAUCCGCAAGUGGAUUUACUUCGACGACGCUCAUGUGAAAGAGAUUGGGCCCAAAUGGAAGGAUGUGGUGUCCCGCUGUAUAAAGGGGCAUUACCAGCCGCUGUUGCUGCUCUAUGCUGACCCCAGGGGGACGCCAGUGUCAGUUCAGGAUUUGGCUUCUCGUCUAGACCUACAUCACUACACUAAAGCAUACUACGACAGUGAGGAUUCAGGCCGUGAGCCGUCAAUUUCCAGCGACACACGGACAGACUCCUCCACAGACAGCUACAGCUAUAAGCAUUCACACUCCCACCACGAGUCUAUGGCUUCCCACUUUUCCUCUGACUCCCAGGGAACCGUCAUCUGUAACAAGGACAACGACUCUGCCUCCCACAGCAGCCUGGAAACCACAGGUCCUGACAGCGAUCAAGUGCAGCGCCACACUCUCAGAAAGGACGGGGUCUUAGACAGAAAGGGAGGAGUUUUGGACCGGAAACGAAGUGCCAGCAGGCCACGAAAAUUUGAGGCCCGGGGUGAUUCAAGGAGUCAUUGCUCUAAGACAGAUGAGGUGUUGUCUGCCGGCUACCACAGCGAAGGUGAGACUUUAAAAGAGCAGCAGGUUCCACGUUCCCUACCUAAACCUAGCUCCAGUCGACUUCGAGACUUUAAGGAGACUAUGAGCAACAUUAUCCAUAACCGGCCACUUUCCGCAUCAUCCUCUGGCUCUGUUGUCCCACCUGACUUCACCGCUAAAGCCCGAGACUGGGAAGCUGACAGCACCAGCAGUGAGUCCAAGUCCAGCUCCUCUGGAGGGCGAUACCGUCCGCCUUGGAAGCCUCGCCGUGAGGCCCUCAACAUCGACAGCAUCUUUAGCAGGGAACGCCGCAAGCAGGCCGGGUACAGUCAGCUAGGCGCUCUCUUGUCUGAAGACACUGGGCCUCAGGGGGACUUGGCGGCAUCAUCGGAACAGACCACCUUUCGAGACCUACCGGGACCCCUGAGACGAGGAUCAGAGCAGCCCUCACGGCUUAUCCAGAGGAUGGAGAGCGGCUAUGAGAGCAGUGAGAGGAACAGUAACAGCCCCGUCAGCCUCGACAUGCCUGUUAGCGAGGGCACCAGUAAUGGCACACACAGCUUACAAGAGGCAGGAAUGAAAAAGCCUCCACCUGAUGUCAGCCCAUCAUGGAAGACUGUCAUCAAAUCCAAGAGCAGCAGUGCCCUACUGCAGGAUGUCAAAGCAUCAGUCAAGGGCAGCAGUCACAUGAGUUUAGCAGGUGAGGGCCGCAGUGAACUGGAUGAGCUACAGGAGGAAGUAGCUCGCCGGGCCAAAGAGCAAGAGUUACAGAGGCGAAAGGAAAAGGAGAAAGAGGCGGCCAUAGGCUUCAAUCCCAGACCCAGCAAGUUCAUGGAUCUGGAUGAGCUCCAGAACCAAGGGAAAGGGGAAGGCUUUGAGAGGUGUGUGUUGGAGGCAGAGUCUAUGUUAGACCAGUCUCUGAGGUUGGAACAGGCAGGAGAGGUGGCCGCCGCUCUUUCUGUGGUUAACGAAGCAAUGUCUAAACUCAGGCAUACCUUGCAUGAGAGCAGCGCUAACGCUCAGGGCAGGAUGCAAAAGUGCAUGAGGAGAGCACGAGGUCUGCAGCAGCGCAUGCAGCAGAAGCAACAGGAGGAAAAGAAGGAACAGAAACAGCCCCUCAGUGAGCAGUCUGUCCCGGUCCAAAUACUUCUGACAAAUGUUAAAGAAGAGGAUGAGAAAGCAGUUUUAGAAGAUGCAUUAAGACCACCAUCACCUCUCCACAUGAAACCUCAGUCUACAAAUAAACCUAUUUCUGAAGCCCCCAGCCCUCCUGUUUCCUUCUACCAUACUGAUACACUUUGCCAGCAGCAAGACAAUGCAGUGGACAACUCCAGUCCUCUUGCUGUGACAGAGAAUGGGCCACACUCUAACACCUGGGGCCCCAGAGACCCUGUAACCACCACAAACUCUCUUGUACAAACUGCUAGUAUGCGCAGUUCUGCCACUGUGCCUGUGAUCGCAGUGAAUGGCUGCGAGGCUCCUCUCAAGUCGCCCUCUAGUCCAUCUCAUUUCAGUGCCUGUCAAACACCUUCCAUUUCUAAUCACUCCAACUCUGGGGAAGGACUGAAAAACCCGCCUCGUCCUCCGUCUCUCCACGGCCUAACCCAAACACCCCACAGCCAUGCUUCUGAUACAUGUCAAAAAUCACUCCCGGCAUCCUCUCGUAAUUGGUCCUGUCGCAGUUUAGAACGUCCUGAUGGCCGUCCUACUGUGAUGGAGUCCUCCCCAUACUCUCCAGCAGACCUCUGCUCCCCCUCGUCCCCCUGUCCUCCGUCCCUAUCUUCUCCAGCACGGGAUCAGCGUCCAGCCGGCCCUAUGCCUGUGGAGCGGUGGGCCGAGAAUGUCAAUCGAUACUACAACUCCCAGAAUUGUGCACCAUCAGGACGUGGGUCACCCUGUGAGGAGCUGUCAGAGCUGGACUCACUUUAUCAGGCCAGCUUGAAGGCUCCCAGCAUGCCCCGAGCCCCACAGGGACCCAGCCCCCAGCUAGCCAACAGAUCAGGUCCCGCUGCUUCUCGUAAGCACAACGCUGGAUACUCUGCCACACUUGGUCGUUCUAAAACCCCCACAGCAGAGAUCGAGAGGAGUGCCUACAGGAUGCCAGCAUACAGCACUAAAUCACUUCAGAGGCCUUUGUCUGCUGUGGCCUGUGAUGCACCACUGGGUGAGGAUGAAUCAUACAGUGCCGAGAACCUGCGACGAAUUGCUCGGAGUCUGAGUGGGACUGUCAUUGGAGGACGGACUGAUGUACCCCCAUCUCACAGCUUUGACCCCCAUGUCUCCAGGAGGUCCAAGCAUGUGAAUGUGCAGCCCCCCACACGUCGCUCCAGCACCUCCCUGCAUGUUUUAACCCCUCCUUCCCACAAUCCUCCUAUGUUCCCUCAUGAACAGCAGCCCCAAUACCCUCACCCAAGCCACCGCCACCACCUCGCCCCUCCAUCACACCUGCACCAGCAGACACUGAGGCCCUCUCAUGGACAAAAAGGAGAUUGCCAAAAGGCCAACAAGUUUUUGGCUGUGCUUGACAGGGGUGAAACUUUCUCCCGUGAAAACUACCACAGUGUUGCAAUGAGCUAUGGCACCCUCCCAAGGGCCCUCCGUAGGUCAGUUUCAUCUGGGCCCCCUGUGCACCAAGCAAGGCCGGGACCCCCAGUGGGCCCAGGCCCCCGGAACUACCCAGACGCAGCCUACGCCACACUAUCCCACCCUCACCGCACUACAGCAUCAAAUAGGAUGAUGGAUGGCUUUUACAGACAGCUCCACCAACAAUCUGCUUCAACCACCCCAAUCCCGCAUCACUCUAGCCAUCAUCACCCUCACCUUGAGCCACCAACCCAACCCCUCCGCCUUGAUGUGCCCCCCGAGAGGGACUGGAGGGCUGCUAGGGACACUCAUAACUUCCCCAGGACAGAACCACGUGGUGGGACAUCCCGUAGCCCUCCUGUUUAUAUCUGCGGGUUGUGCAAGCAGAACCCAGCUGAGCCCACUAGAAGCUACUGCCAGACCUGCAGAGCCCAUAUGAACCACUACAGGAUGACCAGCUGAGUCAUGCAGGAAACGCAUCCUUCAGUGCACUUUUUCUCUGACUUGGAAGUAAAUGUGAGAGCCAGUGCCAAUUCUGUGAAGCUCUUCACACAGCAAAAAGCAGGAAGGUCUUAGGUUAGCUGCUUUGGCUAAAGUGAAAGACAAUGAUGUUUGGCUCAUAUGUGAAUGUGGAGUGUUCAUUUUCCAAAAGUAUAUUUUAAACGCAGCUUCUGCAUUUAAACGCUCAAAGGAGGACGUCCACUCCCUGCGCUUUUAAACAUUUCCACUGCUAAUUCAGUUCCACAGAGUUAAGUUCACUUUAAUUGGCCACCAUCUCAGCACAAAGCUGUGAAGAACAGAGCACUUUGCUACGUGGGCCGCUGCAUCUUAACUGAUGCAAAUACAAAAUGCCAAGUCUGACAAACUUUGCCUGCUGAUAUACAUUGUCUGCUCCGUAUAUGCACAAAUAGGCUUUAGUUUCCAAUUAGCAUUCCAAGCUAACCUUACUUAGUUCUGUGAUUUGUAAUUGAACUGUUAACUCAAGUUUAGUGCACUUCAGAAGUGUUAAGUUAAAAUGUUCCUCUGUUGUAACUUCUCCCAUUUUUAUGGGAAAACAAUGUUUAUGUGUAACUACUUCAUUUAGAGGGCUGUAACGUCAGUGUGUGCAAGUAAUAAGAGGUACAUCAGGUACCAACAGUCACCUUUCAACAACCUCAUUGGCAUUUGUGUCGAUAUUUUUGUGUACAGUAUUGUUCUGCCUGAUAGUAGCACCGACACCUGUUGUGAUCUUUUUAUUUUAAAUAUUUUGUAGUAGCAGCAGUUUAACUUUUUGGUUUCUACAGUAUAUCUUACAUUAACUGUUAAGUGCAAAACUUUUUCAGGCUGUUUUACGACUUAAGAAAUUUUUAUUUAAUUUCUUGAACGCUGUUGAGGAGGAACUUGUGGCUUGAGAUGGUUAACUAGUUUAAGUCUUGAACAUUGAAAGUGUUGAGAGUGUCUGUCAGCUAUCAGCUGAUGGUGCAAUGUGCCAUUUCAUGGAAAUGAAAGUGUUACCUGCUCAUCCUAGUGAACACAAGAGUAGUUUAUAUUGAAACAGGGCCAAAAAAAAAAUUCAUACAUUUUAGAGCAUGUCAAAUACCUCAACCAAUCACAUGCUCUCUUAUUUUUAUUUCACCAGAACAGUUUUGCAUGUAUUAUGGUUUCGUAAAUCAGGACCUAACGGUGAAUUGAGUGCCUCUGUGUUAAAUUCCCACUGGGUGAAUUAUCUGAAGCUUUUUUUUUUUUUUUUUUUUUUGGCCAAUAUGCAGUGUAAUACUAGCCUGGCAUAAUUAUUGACAGAACAGGGAUCCUUUUUUCUGAGUUAAAAUACAAACAGAUAUGGCAAAAAAGCAAGGCUGUAUAUAUAAGUGUGUACAGAUAUUCAGUCUUUGACCUUAAGUACAGAUGGAUUCAGAUUUGUUGUAAAUGCUGUGCUAGAAAUCAAACUUGUAUUUUUGCAAUAAAGUUAUAUUGAGCUCCAGUCAGGAGCAGAAUGCUGUA